AUGACAGAGACAACCGGACUGACACAUGUCGACACAGAGACCGGAGACCCAGUAACAGUUGGGGUGUUGCUUCCCAACACACAGGGCAAGGUUUCUCCUGCUGAGCUGGAAGACUUGCUAGAGACUCACUCUGAUGUAGAGGACUGUGCCGUCAUUGGCGUCCCCGAUAGGCAGUCAGGGGAGGUUCCUAAAGCGUUCGUUGUCAAGAGCAGAGGGAGUUCUGUGAGCCAAACCGACCUACAAGAGUUUGUUGCAGCCAACUUGGACGCGCACAAACAUCUCCGAGGAGGGGUUGAGUUCGUUGACCAGAUUCCACGAUCUCCAACCGGGCAGAUCAUUCGCGGGGUCUUGAAGAAGCAAGCGUAA